AUGGAUAAUGCAUCAUUCCUAUUUAACAAUGACACCACAACAUCCAAUGUUGGUGCACUAAUCCAACCUUUUUCCAAUGAUCAAAAACAAAAUUUUCCACCUCUAGUGUCAACUUACAAUGAUAAGAUACGUCCCAUUCUUGACGCGGUCGACAAACUCCGCGGCCUAAAUGUUACCCAACACGGCAUUCCACUCCCUACCAUUGUUGUUGUAGGGGAUCAGUCCUCUGGCAAGUCUAGCAUUCUAGAGUCACUUGCCGGUAUAAGUUUGCCUCGCGGACAAGGUAUUUGCACAAGGGUACCUCUUAUAAUGAGGCUUCAACAUCAUCCGGGUCCUGUGCCAGAAUUCCGUCUGGAGUUUCAGAAGAAAACUGUUAUGAUCAUGGAGGAAAGCCGGAUAUCAGAAGCCAUCAAUUCGGCUACGGUGGAGAUUGCUGGAAACUCUAAAGGUAUAUCCAAUGUCCCGUUGACUUUGGUGGUAAAAAAGAAUGGUGUUCCGGAUCUUACAAUGAUUGAUUUACCUGGAAUUACUCGGGUUCCGGUUGAUGAUCAACCAGAAAACAUUUACGAACAAAUUUCAGAAAUCAUAAUGGAGCACAUAGAGCCUGAAGAAAGUAUCAUUCUCAAUGUUCUUUCCGCCACCAUUGAUUUUACAACAUGUGAAUCCAUUAGAAUGUCACAACGUGUGGAUAGCACUGGACAGAGGACACUCGCUGUUGUUACCAAAUCUGACCGAUCACCGGAUGGCCUACUUGAGAAGGUUACCACAAAUGCGGUCAAUAUUGGCCUCGGCUACGUCUGUGUUAGAAACCGGAUCGACAAUGAAACAUAUGAUGAAGCUCGAAUCCAAGAAACCAAACUUUUUGAAACUCAUCCUUUAUUGUCCGUGAUUGACAAGUCCAUGGUGGGUAUUCCUGUUUUGGCACAUAAGCUUGUUCAAAUCCAAUCGGUGAUCAUAUCCAAAUGCUUGCCCGAUAUUAUCAGGAAGAUCAAUGAGAAGCUUAAUGAUUUGGUUUUGGAACUCAACAAGUUACCCCAGAAUCUUACAAGUCUACCUGAUGCAAUGAUAGCUUUUACUCAGAUCAUUGUAUCUUUGAAAGAAACUCUUGAGAAAAUUUUUAUGAGAGGUGAGUUUGAUGAUGACUUGGAGAAUAAACAUAUGUGUUGCAAUGCUCGGUUGGUUGAAAUGAUAGACGAGUUCUCAAAAGAGCUACAUAUGAAUGCCAAACCAUCUGAAAAUUUUCUAGUUGAAGAGAUUCGGGUUUUGCAGGAAUCUAGUGGAAUCCAGUUGCCGCAUUUUCAUCCUCAGUAUGUGUUUUUAUACUUGCUACAACGAAAAGUAAGCAGCAUCUCCGAUUUGCCUAUCAGCUUUGUAAACAAAGUGUGGGGCUAUCUUGAGGAUAUUUGUGGUAAGGUUUUGACAGAUCAUUGUGAGAAUUAUCCUCAGUUACUUGCUUCCAUGAGAAAAGUAGCUCAGAAUGUGAUGGCAAAAACGAAGAACAAGUUUUUGAAAAGAGUUGUUGAAAUGAUAGAGAUGGAGAAGAUCACAGGUUACACAUGUGACCCUGAUGGUUUUAAUGCUUCUUGGAACCAAUUAAAGUCUACCAAUUACCAAUUAUCAGAUGCAAUGACCAGACGUUCAGAAUCGGCUAAUAUCACUGGGUAUGGGCUGGCUAAGGUUAAGCAUUUGUUUAAUGUUCCUAUAAACUUAAGGGAUCAAGCGUUUAAUUUGAAAAUGAGGAUGACUGCUUAUUGGGAAAUUGUUAUGAAAAGAAUGGUAGAGUGGUUAGCACUUACGCUCCGUUUUAUGAUCCAAAAAGUUGUCAUUAAGGAGAUGGAGACAGCACUAGUGAAAGAAGUGAUGUUGCAGGGUGCUGGUAUAGAAAAGAUGUUGGACGAACCGCCAUCCGUGGCUAAAAAAAGGGAGAGGCUUCAAAGAAGCAUUGCCUCGCUUAAGGAAUCCAAAGAAAUCAUAGAGCAAGUCAUGGAUGAUAUUCUUAUCACAGCUGAUUAG